CAAAGCUCAGCCAGGAGAAGACCCUUGACCAAAGGAGAGCAGAGCAGUCAGCUGUCUCCGGUUAGCUAGUACGGCUAGCUAGAAGGAAGAAACCAUGGUCUCCGGCGCGGUGCUCUUAUUCCUCACUUUGUCCUCUGCUUGGGGGAAACUUUCAGCCGAAAGAAAAUUAGCCUUCGUGACUGUGCUCUUUCGGCAUGGAGACAGAUCACCAGUCAGGGCCUAUCCCAACGACCCCUACAAGGAGAGCUCCUGGCCUCAAGGCUUUGGACAGCUGUCCCAGGAGGGCAUGAGGCAGCACCUGGAGCUGGGCCAGUUCCUUCGUAAGAGAUACCAAGGUUUCCUCAACGAGUCCUAUGACAGACACGAGAUCUCAGUUCGCAGUACAGACUAUGACCGCACCCUGAUGAGUGCCGAGGCCAACCUGGCAGGUCUCUACCCCCCUGAAGGUCGCCAGGUCUUCACACCAAACUUGAGUUGGCAGCCAAUCCCUGUGCACACAGUACCGCAAAGCCAGGAGAGGCUCCUGUCGUUCCCGUUGGGAGACUGUCCUCGAUACAAGCAGCUGAUGAGUGAAACUGAGAAGACAGAUGAAUUCAUCAGUGUCACCAAUAAAUACAAGGACAUUAUAGACCUGGUGAGGAAUGAAACAGGCCUAAAUUCCACAACAGUGGAAUCUGUCUGGAGCGUUUACGACACACUCUUCUGUGAGGCCCGUCACAAUCUCACAGCUCCUGACUGGGUGACUGCUGAAGUCAUGGAGAAGCUCAGAAUACUGAAAGACUUUGGAUUUCAGGUCCUAUUUGGGGUGCACAAACAACAAGAGAAGAGCCGGCUGCAGGGAGGUCUCCUGUUGGGCGAGAUUGUGAAGAAUCUGUCCAAGAUGGCUGCCCCGGACUCAAAACAGCGACUGAAGAUGAUGAUGCUGUCAGCGCAUGACACCACUAUAGCAGCUCUUCAGGCCAGCUUGAACGUGUUCAGUGGAAGACAGCCGCCAUACGCCUCCUGUCAUAUUUUUGAGCUAUACAGAGACAACGGCUCGUUUUCAGUGUCGAUGUUUUACCGGAACGACAGCACGGUGGAGCCGUACCCGCUGCUGCUGCCCAACUGCACCCUCGACUGCCCCCUGGACGACUUUGUGAGACUCACCAAGCCGUCCAUAGCAGAGGACCGGGACAAAGAGUGUCAAGUGUCUUCAAAGCGGGAAAACAAAAACGUGAUCAUCGGCUUAGCGGUGUCCGGCUGUCUCCUCUUCUUCUUCAUCGUCAUCCUCCUGAGCCUCAUCUGCCGGCAGAAAGAGCCCAGCAGCAGCCACAGAUACCGGCAUGUGAUCAACCAGGACGGCGGAGAGGAGUCCUGACAGACGCAGAAGCUCCUCCCACAGAGAUGCAUAGGCUACGCCUCCUGGGACAGCAGUGACGAUGAUGACCUUUGAAUUUAAAAGUCUUUGGGACCUCUCUGGUGACCUUUGCAUGGUUUCCUCGACUCCAGGCUGGGACCUGUGAUGAGCUGUUCUUCUCGUCUUCUGCCGUCUGUGUUAAAACUAGCCAUCCAAAAUGGGUCCACGAAGGCCCAGCCUCUGUUGGGUCAGAGGGCACACACUUUCAACACAUUUUUAAGUAACGAUUUCUGAAAACUAAAGCUUUUAAAACUUUCUUAAAUAUGUCAGGACUCCAAACUAACAAGAAAAUAAGAGUACUGUGGCCGUUGAAACACCAAGGCAACCCAGCAGGGCAAAACACACAGUUCCUCUGAGCUGAGUGUGCGGUCCAGCCGUGCUCUGAAGUGCCGAAAACGCUUCAUGACUGGGUGACAAGAUUUUAUUCAGCCUGCUGUGUGGAAAGACUCCCAGGCUUUGGGUUGCAAAGCCGGUCCAAUACACAGUUUUUUUUUUUUUUUUAAUGAUGGAGGAAUGAGUGAAAAACAAGAUUUUAGAUUGAAAAUAAUAAAAAAAGUUGAUUUUAAAUAGUUUUUGCCCUGAGAAAAUUAUGAAAAAUGAUACAGUACCAAAAUUUCUUGGAAAUCCUACGGAAAUUGUUCCAGUAUUUUGUUCAGCAUCAGUUUUGUCUGCUGGCAGAUGGAAUGACUUUUGAAGGAAUGAUAACCCAAGCAAUACUUCUCUGGAUUACCCAAAAUGAGACACUUGAAAGCAGAGCUGCAACGAUUAGGCAGAUAAUCAAUUCGUUGCCAACUAUUUUAAUAAUGGAUUCAUCGUUUUGAGUCAUUUUUAUGAAGAAAAUUUCUAAAUUCUCAGAUUCUAGCUUCUCAGAUGUGAAUAUUUUCUGGUCUCUUUCGACAUUUGAAGACAUUUCCAUGAGCUGUGGGAACCUGACAUCAACCACUUUCACCAUUUUCUGACAUUUUAUGGACCAAACAACUAACUAGUAAGGAUUAAUUGAGAAAAUAAUCAACAGAUUAACUGAUAAUGAAAAUAAUUGAUAGUUGCAACUCUACUUGAUAACCACUUGAAGAUGUUUGGUAUAGAAAAACUGCAAUAACACAAAAGGUUAAAGAGAUAUUCCAACAUUUUGGACAAAAUACCCUUUUCUCACUUUCUCAGAUUGAGACAAGAAUGGCUGCAGACCUGGCAUGUUUCCACUGGUUCCCUAUGUGAUCACAUCAUUGUGUGUGUGUGUGGCUGUGUGUGUGUGGCUGUGUGUGUGUAUUUACUGGAGGCCUGACGACCAUGUUGCCUUAACAGAGUGAGUGUCAGUAUGACAGGCUGGUUGCCAGUAAGCGGUCCUGUGGAAGAGGAAUGCUCCGUUUCUUUGUGUGUGUUUUGUGGGGAAGGAGGUGGCGGAGUUCACGACAAUCUGAUGUGAACUGAACCUGCAGCCCUGGACAGGAUAUACAGUGGAUUUGAGGAGGUUUCAGGGUUUCACAGUUCUUGAGGUGCGUUUGAUUUAUCGAGACACUGAACUCCUACCAGCUGCUGGGCUGCUACUCUCUGACUGUGACCAGGGACAGCAGAAAGAUGAUUUUCUCCGUUUGAGAAUAUUUCCAGACAUUUAAAUCUGCCUCAACAGUGGACUUGUCACCUCUGCGAUCAAAUAAAUCAAGUGCUUCUCA